UAUGGUAGUGGAAAAAUAAGCGUGCUUGAAGAAGUUUGCAAAAGGCGACGGAACGAUGCUGUUAAAACUGUCUCCCUUCAUAAUCAAUUUAUGCUGUCACUUUGAGCAUUUUACCUCUCCUUGUUAUUAUUGCUAGAAUGUCCUUUCAAUUAGAGCCAUAUUAUAUUUCCCAUCGAUACCCGCGUCUUUUAAUAAGUGUCUUCUGGGUCUUGCUGUCCCUGACCUCGCAGUGGGAUUGUUUUUAUAACUCAGGUCUGGCACAAUGAUUGCAUUGGACUUGAGUAAGAGCAACAGUCAGUUCUUGCGUCCUUCUGUCCUGACAAUUCAACUAUUCGAUGCGUUUUCGGUGGCAGGAGCAUCUUUCAAGGCUAUCGUCGCCACUGGACAGACCACUCGCUGUUUAUCAACAGCUGAGAUCAUCAUGAAAAACCUCGGGGAGCCUCUGGAAUAG